AUGUCAUAUAAUCAAAAUUAUUCUACUUUUCGACCAAAUUUUACAUUCCACCCUAAUGUACCACCACCAAAUUUCAUUCACCCGCCACCAUUUUACAUAACUCCAAUCAUAACACCUCAAACAGAUCAAGAUUUUGUCAAGAAUUUUGAAAAUAAACUGUCUACAAGUGCAGCCAAAAAGAAGCUGAACAUUUCAAUAUCAGAAACUCGGGAAAAGCUACGAAAUAUGCUUAUACUGCUGGAAGAAAUUAAAUCUAAAGAGAAGUAUUUAUCUAAAAAUAUAUCUACUAUGUCCGAUGAUGAAUGGAAGAAGAAUAUGGAGUAUGUGGAAUUCAAAAAGGAUUCUAUGGUUAAAGAAUAUCUGCCUGGUAUUAACAAUAUGCACUUAGAUUUGUUAAGGAAGCUUAUUGCGAAGCGGUCAGCUAAGAGAUUGCGCUUGAAAAGAGUUCGCUUGGAGAGGAAGAGGGAGAAAGAAGAUUUGAUAAAGAAAUCAGAGGAAAGAUCAAGGAAGAUUGAUGAGAAUCUACAGAAAAUUAAAGAUGACAUUGAUAAAAUGAAACAGGAAGAACAAGCAAAGCUUGAGGCAGACAUGGUGCUCAAAGAGGUAUUACGCAAGAAGACAGAUGCUAAGAAGUGUCUGGUGAAGUUGGACGCCCUCUUGAAGCUUCGUGUGGCUCGGGAGAACACUGCCAAGGGCCGCGGGCAGAGCGUUUCUGAAUGGGAGGCCAAUGUCUUCAAGAAUAAUAUAGAAAAACUGAAGACUGUGUGGUGUCAAAGACUGUCAUCUUACGAGAAAGAGGAAUCCAAACUCCGCGAAAAACUGGAACAGGAGUCCAGUGAACAGCCCACGCUGGCCAGCCAGCAGGAGGCCCGGCUUGUGGAGAACUUGUCCAAGUGGAAAGAGUUCCUCUUCGGAGCUGACGGUGUGCCGCAAGUCGAUUUUAGUGGGGAUGUUGGCAGUUUCGUCGGCGUUAGGUCUAAAUGGGACCAGUUUGUGAGUGACGAAGGGUCGCCUCUGCCAGUCGGCUGGGUUCUCCCAUGAAGAUUUGACGAGGAAUGAUUAUUUUAUUAUUUAUAUUUGGCCUAAGAGUGUUUUCGAAUAGAACUUUCACAAAAUUUUUAAUAAUAUUUUUUGUUAAUGUUGCUGGAUCAAUGAGAUUUUUCGAUGUGUUUUGUAUAAAAAUUCUUUUAAGUUGAUUUGGUUUUCUACACGCGUCGCUUUAAUUUUAUGAUAAAUGCAUUUACCAGUGCUUCUUGCAAAUAUAAGAUUUUUAAAUAACUGUCUUUUAUUGAUUUUUGAUUGUUAAGGCUGUAUUAAACAAGUUAAUUACGGAGAAUCUGCCAAUCGCACAACACCUGUGAGGUUAGCAUGAAUAUCUUUUACGAAAUCAUUAUUACGAUUUUUUAAAAUAAUUUGAACCAGAUAGAAACUUAGUUUUAGAUGUCAAGAAAAAUAAUCCAAAACACUUCUCGGCAUAUUUAAGUCUUUUAUUUGUCAUAAGGUCCAUAUCUGGAUAUCUGUAGAAAUUACAUGUAAAAACAAAUCGACACGCCUCGCUUACCGUUAACUAUAGUAGCCAAUUGGAACCCGUUGAUCGCCACUGGUAAACUAUUAAGUGCCAUUUAAUACGAUAAUUAUGGAAACAUGCCUAGAGUGUAGGUAGUCCAAACAGCGACGCGACACUCUUGGUGCGUUUUAAUGAACGAAAAUAUUAUAAACACAAACAGAAUCCGCUUCACUAACUAGGAUAUUUUGACACAUUCCUUAUGUGUUGUAUAUUUUUGACACGAUGUAGUGACCAGUGACGCACAAUGAGUUGGAUCAAUAAUAAUAACUAAUAUGUAUCCCCGCUAUAUAUAAGUUUCGUAUCACUAAACUUAAGGCUCGUGGUGUCAUGGUCUUUGGUUAUUUCAAAAUGUCAGCAUUUUUAUUUCUUUCAUGUAGAUAAUAGUCUUAUACGUUAUGGUAUUUCCUAUGUCUUCAUUUGAUCCAUAAUUCAAACAUCGUCAAAAGUAAAAUGUUGCUUUAUACAUUUCGAAUAUACAAAGACCAUGGUCCCAAUAUUCACGUAGUUGAAACGAGACAGUCUACACAUCAGUGUUUGCUGUCUCACUCACGCCAAACAAUGAGGUAAUACGGCAUCACGAACAAUGUUGAAGUCGCUAUUUGAUACAGAAAAUUAUAUUGCAAAUUCAUAUUAAGUACUGGAAUAAGGCGUACUUUUAUGAAUACUUGAGACGUUGACGAAAAAAGACGUCAGAGUCUAGUGAGAAUUUACAAACGUACGCGUUAAAUAAUUGUCUGCAAUAAAAUUUCCCACUUUCAGUUUGUAUGGGUGUGUCAAUUUACAACAUAACUAUUUCAAGUUUUUAAAACUAAUUGCCUUAAAUAAUCUUAGCAUUCUCAUUCUUAACACACAAAAACACGCAUAGCGUAUUCUACUAAUCGUGCAACACGCAUGGAGCGUUUUCUAUGUCAAAAUUUAAAACAAUCAAAAUCAAUAAAUACUUAUUUUAGACUUGUACCUAGAUCAUUUAUAAGGGAUUUCUGGUUAUCCCAUAAUCCAUUCCCUAUAUGUAUAUACCACGUCUAAGAUAAGCUCUAAUAAUACAAGGUAAUUUAUAUUUAUCAAAUAAUUUCUUACACAAGAAACUUCAUUGUUGAAAUGUACAAUAUGCACAUACCAUUUUAUGUCGAGGGUCUCAUUUUGACUGCUGAAAACAUACGCGUUUAACAUUAAACUUAUGCGUCGCGUAUUUGCAACAAAAUGUAAACCCUUACAUAAUAUAGGAUAACAUAUUGCGAAUGGCAGUAGAAGUUAAUUAUUAAUCAAAACAAAAUAGUGUUGUAAAUUGUACACCAUAUUUCGCCAUAGUAAAUCUAAAAUAUACAUCACACGCCAAGCUAACUGCGAACCGAAGCUAAAUCGCUAGCAAAUCCCCUAUAUUAUUUUUAUUUAUAUUCUCGCACUUAAUUGUGAUUCUAAUGAGCGUUUAUAUAAAUCUUUAUGUACAACCCAACCCUAAAAUCCUCUAACCAGUAUAAUUUUAUACAUUGCAUCGUCUCACACCUACCCUGUUAUUCCUAAAAAAGCUAAAGUAUGUUUUGUCACUAUCGCACUCUGCAAUAUUUGACUUUAACAGAACGAGACAAAACACACGUUUAAAGUGUGUUUUAACUUUUUUUAUGAAUAACAGGGCAAUUUACAAAUGAAUGUAUUUAUGUCCCUUUCCAGGAUUAUAAUAACAAAAAGAGACAGCAAUACCUUCACCGGCCUAGUGUGCACAUAACAGGAUGAUUACGAACUUGCAAAUUUUAUAUAAACUCUUAAUAAUUAAGAAUCAUUUAUACAAAAUCACUACAAGUAAAAAUUAUUCCAAUGGAAGUAGAUCGUUAUGCCAAUAUGGUUAUCAUAAUCACCGUAUAAUAUUAUUUAUAAGUUACAGUCUGUCUAUAGAGGUAGAAAAUAAUUGAGGCCACUGCUUUUGGUUGACAACAUUGUGGUAUCAACCAAUUUUGACUAUUAUAUAUGGUAUUACAAUGGCAAAAAUAUGUAGUUCAUUAAAAUCCGUUUUGUAAUACUUAUAGACAGUCUGUAGUAUUCUUAAUAUGUACAUCACAUUAUAAUUAACAUUAAUCCAUUCAUACAUGUGUAGCGUUGAA